CAAAAAGCCGGUUCAAAGACGCACGAAAAUGAAAGUCACGUUUCCAACUUCAACUACCCCAAGUACGAGUUCACUGAGUGUUAUUCUCAACUCUAAACUACCGUUCAAACAUUGCACUGUGACAAAACCAGACACUCCUUUUGUUGUUGAUGCGCCAUGGAACAUAAACUAUCAACAACAAGUGAUCAAGGAGAGGGACAACCUAUAAGAUGUAAAGCUGCGGUUGCAAGAAAAGCAGGUGAAGCAUUGGUUAUAGAAGAAAUCAUGGUGGCCCCACCAAUGCCUCGUGAGGUUCGGAUUCGUAUUCUAUGUACAUCUCUCUGCCACAGUGAUAUCACUCUCUGGAAGAUGCAGGAACCUCCUGGUUGUUUUCCAAGAAUUCUAGGUCAUGAGGCAGUUGGGGUUGUGGAAAGUGUAGGGAAGGAUGUAACUGAAGUUACAAAAGGAGAUGUGGUUAUUCCAAUUUUCCUACCUGAUUGUGGGGAGUGUUUAGAUUGCAAAUCAACCAAGAGCAAUCUUUGUACUGAUUUCCCAUUCAAAAUUUCUCCUUGGAUGCCAAGACACGAGAGCACUAGAUUCACUGACCUAAAUGGAGAGAUCAUAUACCAUUUCAUGUUUGUUUCAAGUUUCAGUGAGUACACUGUGGUUGACAUUGCCAAUGUAACAAAGAUUGAUCCAGAAAUCCCUCCUGACAGGGCAUGUCUUCUCAGUUGUGGUGUAUCAACAGGGGUAGGUGCUGCUUGGAGAACAGCAGGGGUGGAGCCAGGGUCUACAGUGGCUAUUUUUGGGCUGGGAUCUGUUGGAUUAGCAGUUGCAGAGGGAGCUAGACUGUGUGGAGCAACUAGGAUUAUUGGUGUGGAUGUUAUCCCUGAAAAAUUUGAAAUUGCAACCCUCAUGUUACAAAGCUCUUCCGUAGAAAGAGGAAAGAAAUUUGGACUCACAGACUUUAUCCAUGCUCUGGAAUGUGGGAACAAACCUGUGAGCCAGGUGAUCAUAGAGAUGACCAACGGGGGAGCAGAUUAUUGCUUUGAGUGUGUUGGUACGGCAUCAUUGGUGCAUGAAGCAUAUGCUUCUUGUAGAAAGGGUUGGGGAAAAACAAUUGUUGUAGGAGUGGAUAAGCCAGGAGCUAAGUUGAGCCUAAGUUCUAGUGAAGUCCUUCAUGAUGGGAAGAGCCUCACGGGAUCCUUAUACGGAGGACUCAAACCCAAAUCUCAUGUUCCCAUUCUGCUUAAACGUUACAUGGACAAGGAACUGCAGUUGGAUAAAUUUGUGACUCAUGAGGUGGAGUUUAAGGACAUCAAUAAAGCUUUUGAUUUAUUGAACAAUGGACAAUGUCUUCGAUGUGUGAUUUGGAUGGACAAAUGAGUUUGUUCUUAUGUAUCCUAGUCCUUGAAUCAUGUUAUGCAACAAUCAAAACAUUGUACAGUACUGUUUUCUUUUGUAUUUUAUUAAAACGUCUAAUAAAUCAGUCAUGCUAUUCUAUUGCACUGCAAA